GCAAUGUCUUUGUGGUUAGCCUGGCACUGGCAGAUUUAGUAGUGGCCUUGUACCCUUAUCCUUUAAUCCUUGUUGCUCUUUUUCACAAUGGCUGGUCAUUGGGGGAGACACACUGCAAAGCAAGUGGCUUUGUGAUGGGACUGAGCGUUAUAGGUUCCAUCUUCAACAUCACCGCCAUUGCAAUAAACAGAUACUGCUAUGUAUGCCACAGUUUUGCAUACAAUAAAGUGUAUAGUUGGUGGAACACAAUGCUCUAUGUCUGCCUCAUCUGGGUUCUGACAGUGGUCGCAACCGUACCAAACUUUUUUGUGGGCUCUCUCAAGUAUGAUCACAGGAUCUAUUCAUGCACAUUCACUCAAACAGCCAGCUCCUGUUACACCAUUACUGUUGUCGUCAUCCACUUCAUUCUACCAAUCACCAUUGUGAGCUUCUGCUACCUGCGGAUCUGGAUUCUGGUGAUACGAGUAAGGAAGAAAGUCAAAUCAGAAUUGAAGCUGAAGCUAAAACCAAGUGACUUCCGAAACUUUCUCACCAUGUUUGUUGUCUUUGUGAUCUUUGCUUUCUGCUGGGCACCUCUGAACUUAAUAGGUCUGGCUGUGGCAAUUAAUCCUUCAGAAAUAGCGCCCAAAAUUCCUGAGUGGUUGUUCGUUGUGAGCUACUUCAUGGCCUACUUCAACAGUUGCCUUAAUGCAAUAAUAUAUGGACUUCUGAACCAAAAUUUCCGGAAGGAAUAUAAACAAAUCCUAAUGUCACUGUGGACACCCGCGCUGUUUUUUCAGAACACUUCCAAAGCAGGGACAGAAAUUCAGACGAGCAAACCUUCACCUGCUUUAAAUAAUAAUGACCAAACCCAUACCAAUACCUUGUAA